AUGGAAGUUUUUACGCUGCUUAUAAUUAGUCGUUUACGUGAUGAAUUAUUCCCUCCAGUUGAAGCAUUAGACUUAGGCUAUGCACCACCAGAAUUCCACCGGAAUCUCUCAGUGGAACAAGUUGAUCAAAUUGUCAAUCUAUUCACACCGAUUUGUUUAAAUCAUUUUCUUUAUUCAAAAUCAAUUACAAUUGUUAAUAUAGCUGUAAAAAUUAUUCCAAUGUUGUGUAAAUUACGACCAAGUCUAGUGUUACCAAAUCUUCUCAACGAUCUUGAAUUUGUAGUUGUAGCAGUAGUACCAAUUGUUCUGGUUUGA